UUUCAAUAAUAAUCCACGCGUAUAAAAGACCUAGCCAGCAUGAGGACAACAUUCAGUAGCUCACGAGUAGUCUGACAAAGAAGUUCACGAUGAGAUUUCUGAUUGCUUUCGUUGCCAUCCUGGGCUAUGCUUCGGCUAGCGCCAUCAUCUCCCCUCUGGUAUACGGAGCCAACGCUGGUGACGUCCAGGCCGCGGCCAUCGACGCUACCGUAGCCGCUCAGGACACCGUCCGCGCUAUCGGUGAAGGCCAGGCCCGCGCUGCCGAAGCCGUCAUCCAGCACAACACUGAGGCAGUCCGUCAAGUCGCCGAGACUAACCGCAACAUCCACGAGAACGCUUACUGGGGCAACGUAGCCGCUUCCCAAAACCUCGUCGCCGCCGCUCAAUCCCAGGCCGCCGCCGUUGACGGUGCCGCCGCUGCAGUCCGCGCUGCGCACGCCGGUGCUGCCCUCCCCUACGCCGCUUCCUUGGCGUACGGCGCUGCCCUCCCCUACACCGCUGCUCCCCUCGGCUACGCCGCGUACGGAGCUUACGGUCUCCACGGUCUCCAUGGUCUCCACGGUCUCCACGCUUGGUAAUUUUCCGAUCAUAGCAUCACUUAGAUAGUGAUGUCGUCGUUCGGGAGUUGCCUCGACCAUAGUUGAGGGGGCGUCCGAACACGGCUAGCUGUCGAUGGCAAUGUUUGUGUUUACCAUAGAUAUUGUCAUCCCAGCUAGUCUUCCGAUCACCUCAUAGUAUCAAAGGUACCCGAUUGCUCAAUGAAAACACCGCAAAGGUCUCAAAGUAACUCUCUUUGUAAAUAAGCGAAUCUCAUGCCAUCACUGCCAAAGUGUAAAUAAACACAUUUUUA